AUGGAGACUGACGCGCCCCAGCCCGGCCUCGCCUCCCCGGACUCGCCGCACGACCCCUGCAAGAUGUUCAUCGGGGGACUCAGUUGGCAGACUACGCAGGAAGGGCUGCGCGAAUACUUCGGCCAGUUCGGGGAGGUGAAGGAGUGUCUGGUGAUGCGGGACCCCCUGACCAAGAGAUCCAGGGGUUUCGGCUUCGUCACUUUCAUGGACCAGGCGGGGGUGGAUAAAGUGCUGGCGCAAUCGCGGCACGAGCUCGACUCCAAAACAAUUGACCCCAAGGUGGCCUUUCCUCGGCGAGCACAGCCUAAGAUGGUGACUCGGACGAAGAAGAUCUUUGUAGGGGGGCUGUCAGUGAACACCACGGUGGAGGACGUGAAGCAAUACUUUGAGCAGUUCGGGAAGGUGGAUGAUGCCAUGCUGAUGUUUGACAAAACCACCAACCGGCAUCGAGGGUUCGGGUUUGUCACGUUUGAGAGUGAAGACAUCGUGGAGAAAGUGUGUGAAAUCCAUUUCCAUGAAAUAAACAACAAAAUGGUGGAAUGUAAGAAAGCUCAGCCAAAGGAGGUGAUGUCGCCGACGGGCUCAGCCCGGGGCAGGUCUCGAGUCAUGCCCUACGGAAUGGACGCCUUCAUGCUCGGUAUUGGCAUGCUGGGUUACCCAGGUUUCCAAGCCACGACCUAUGCCAGCCGGAGUUAUACAGGCCUCGCCCCUGGUUACACCUACCAGUUCCCUGAAUUCCGUGUAGAGCGGACCCCUCUCCCGAGCGCCCCAGUCCUCCCCGAGCUUACAGCCAUCCCUCUCACUGCUUAUGGACCAAUGGCGGCAGCAGCAGCGGCAGCAGCUGUGGUUCGAGGGACAGGCUCUCACCCCUGGACGAUGGCUCCCCCUCCAGGUUCGACUCCCAGCCGCACAGGGGGCUUCCUGGGGACCACCAGCCCUGGCCCCAUGGCUGAGCUCUAUGGGGCGGCCAACCAGGACUCGGGGGUCAGCAGUUACAUCAGUGCCGCCAGCCCCGCCCCCAGCACCGGCUUUGGCCACAGUCUUGGGGGCCCCUUGAUUGCCACAGCCUUCACCAAUGGGUACCACUGA